AUGGUGACUUCGAAACGUUUAGAACGUUUGAAACGUUUGCAUCGGUCGAGCUCCGCAAUCUCCGACUGGGACCUGGUGGCCGAUGAACUGGAGAUCGUCUGGCAACUCUACCUGCUAGCUGCAGAUGGUUAUUUGAACAGCAUGGCCAAUCCCCCACAAUCAGAUCGUAGCCGGAGUGCUCGCUGGUUGGUUCCGUUCUGCUUGGUCUUGAUUCCUCUUUGGGUGAGUCUUGUCAACAAGGCUGUCCCAGAACCCUACCUCGACGAAGUCUUCCAUGUCCCGCAAGCACAAGCAUACUGGGCGCAUAAGUGGACGCAAUGGGAUCCAAAGCUUACAACACCGCCGGGCCUGUACUUGUGCUCAUACAUCGUCUUCGCUAUUGUGUUGCUGUUACGCGGGUCCCCGACAAAGCUCACUCCAGAUGUACUGCGGAUGACGAAUGUUGGUGCAACAACAGUGAUUUUCCCCUGGAGACUGCAAAAGUUGCUUGACACCCUACAGAGAACGACAAACACUCGGCCAUUGGGAGCGAACGUGUCCCAUACCGUGCUGAACAUCUGCUUAUUCCCCCCACUGUUCUUCUUCUCUGGCCUCUACUACACCGAUGUUCUUGCUUUGCUGGUUGUUGUGGAGGCAUAUAAUUGGGAUCUGAGGAGAGACGCAGAGAGAGGCCAGCGAAGCGGCCCCGGAAAAGACACGAAAAAGGCUCCUGGCAGUGAGAUUUUGGAGACUUUGGGAUUCUUGGCUUUUGCGCUGGCUUCACUGGUCUUUCGACAGACCAACAUCUUCUGGGUCUCGGUUUUCCUGGGUGGACUUCAGGUGGUCCGUAAGAUUCGAAAGUCUGCCACGCCCUGCAUGUCAUCCAAAGUGUCAACCAUCAUGAAGCAAAGCCUCCAAAAUGAGGUGUAUGAUCCUCUCGUUUCGGAAGCUUCGUUGGAAGAUUAUCUGAAGACUGCUAUCUCAAUCGCGACUGUCGGCCUGAAGCGGCCUUUUUCUCUCCUCUUCUCUCUCACUCCUUACAUUGUUAUCCUUGCGGCCUUUGGUGCAUUUGUAUAUUGGAACGAUGGGGUCGUCCUCGGGCACAAGGAGUUCCAUACCGCCGGUAUCCACCUGGCUCAAAUGCUCUACAUCUGGCCGUAUUUCACCUUCUUCUCAUGGCCUCUUUUUCUUGUUCCUCUGAUCAACAUUCUCGCCCUCAAGCCUCUCCCGACAUCUUUGAAUCUCGGCUUCCCGCCGAAACAGAGGAAAUUUCCCAAGCUCAAGACAGCCCUGAUUGUGAUCCCACUCAUGCUUGCCGUGGUCCACUUCAACACUAUUGUCCACCCCUUCACCCUUGCUGAUAACCGACACUAUGUGUUCUACGUGUUCCGCAUUCUUCUGCUCCACCCAGCAAUCAAGUAUGCUGCGCUGCCCCCCCCGGCUGCCCCCCCGGCUUCGGCUCCAGCAACUCUAGAACCCAAACCCACUUUGUCUCAUGUGCGCAAGCCUUUAGAGGCGCACCAACAGCCACCAAAGGGAACGAAGAAGCCCAACCGGAAGCCCAAGAGGGCUGAUCCACCAGCAGAGACCAAGAAGACUGAGCCAGUAGUAGAGACUAAGAAGACCGAUCUAACUGGGCCAUCAGCAGAGAUUACGGACCCAAAUGAUCCCACGGUUCUGGCUAGGGUCCAGGAACACAUCUUUACGCGUCAAAGAGAAUUACUGGAGGCACCGCGCGUUAGCUUCGUUCUUGUUUGGCUGGCCGCUACUUCCCUGUCUCUCAUCACAGCACCCCUUGUUGAACCUCGCUACUUCAUAAUUCCGUGGGUUAUGUGGCGUGUGCAUCUUCCUCCUCUGCCAUGUCUACUCAGGGACCGAGAGACUCGUCCCCGCUCAGAGGAAGCUAAGCGCCGCUCUGAUCUCAUUAUCAACUUACCGAAGUUCGUGGAGACAGUUUGGUUCUUGAUCAUUAAUAUGAUCACUGGAUACGUCUUCUUGUACAAGGGCUUUGAGUGGCCGCAGGAGCCUGGCAAGACCCAGCGCUUCAUGUGGUGA